CCCGUGUGAAGUUCAUUAAAUCCCAUUGAGAAUCUCACAGGGAUCAGAACGGCUGUAAGGAAAGUUCAAGAGUCAGAAACCCAUCUAAAUGAUGAUGACUGCAAGCAGUUUGAUGCAUCUUAUGAUGCUUUUCUCUAUAUAUGAUAUCAGAUAUGCCAAAGGAAAUAGUCCUCUGACCCCAAGGUCUCUACAUAUGGAGAGGCCAAAGCCGACAAUGAAGCAUCCAUGUGCUGAUUCUGACCCUCUGCCCGAGUCAAGUCCUGAUGUCCGUGACGCUGACCCCAUCCUAGGCCUCCUGUCAGACAAACUCCGCCCAUGUCCCGAGCAGGAGCUCUGGGAUUGGGCCCCUAACCUGACGGAGACACACCCGUCCGGCCAACAAUCAAGGAAACGGCUCACGUUGAAAAGAGGAAAAGCUAAGAAAAUGUUUGGCUGGGGAGAUUUUCAGUGCAAAGUGAAGUCCGCAAGCCUCAACCUGUUCAUUACAGGGAAGAUUGUGGAUCACGGAAACGGAACGUUUAGCGUUUUUUUCCGAUACAACACAACCGGAGGUGGAAAUGUCUCCAUAGGGCUGGUUCCUCCAAGCAAAGCGGUGGAAUUUGAUGCAACAGCUCAACAAACUGUUCUGCACUCGGUGGAGUCGAGGAUGUUUAACUGCAAGGUGGAGCAUGAGAAGGUGGAGAGAGGUACCAAAAGCGCACGCUGCUGGUAUGACCCGUCUCAUAGCUGCGACCAGGACCAGACUCACAGCCAUGUCUCGUGGCUCUGCUCAAAACCAUUCAAAGUCAUUUGUGUCUACAUAUACUUCUACAGCCUGGACUAUAAACUGGUGCAGAAAGUCUGUCCGGACUAUAACUAUCACAGUGAGUCUCCGUACUCACCUUCUGGAUGA